AUGUCGAGCAGAGGUGGAUUUACCAAGGAUAUAUUGCGUAAAAAAAACUCAAAGUUUGCAGAACGUUAUGAUUUAGACCUAACAACUCGUGUUAAUAGUGGUUUCAUGAUUCGUGUUCGAAAUACGGAAAGGUCUGGUGGUAAAAAGUGCUGUUAUCUGCGAGGGAAAAGAAAAUAUGGAAAUUAUUCCUUCUCGAAAGAAGAAGAAAGCAGGCAAAUUGAUUUUAUUUACCAUUCGUAA